AUGGCGAUUACUGUCUAUUUCAUCGCCACUAGCCUCCCUGACCGCCUUGCCUCCGUUCGUGACGCGCUUCUGCUGAAGCACCCUAGUGAGCUGACUAUCGAGGUCCUUGAGUCUGCACUCAAGGACGUCGAGAGCAACCUUCGUUCGGUAGCUGCCGCCUCUGGUACUGUGUCCCCCCCACUCUUCCACGGGUGCACAGUCCCGCAGUUACCCACCUUCAUUGCCUCUCUUGCCACUGCCGCUACUGACGCGACUGCGGCUGCUGUUACGACUGCGUCGCGGUCCCGCGGCAGGGGGGGCAAGAAAGGUGGUUCCGGUGGAGGUGGAGGCGGAGGUAGCGGAGGUAGUGGGGGUGCUGUUGCGACUGGCGGUGGUGGGAGUGCAGCGUCUGGAGAGACCCCUCGUGCAGCGGCUGGUGACUCCACUGCACCUGCUGGUGGCGGCGACCCUCGAGCUCGUCAGUCGCCUCCUGUACUGCCGGCCCCGCUAGGUGGAGCAGCGGCGUGGUACCAGGCUCAGCGUCAGCAGCACCUUCAGCAGCAGCAGCAGCCCCUUUCCUCCCAGCAGCCUCAGCAGCAGCAGCGUCAGCAGCUGGCUCCGGGGUCGGGGCUGCGUCAGCCCCAGCGCGGUGCUGCUUACCCUCCCUGCCCCUACCAGGUUCAGACAGGUCCUCAUCGGGGCCACCCUUGUGGCCGCUUUCACCCCCCUGGUCAGUGCUUUGCUCAGCUCACUGACACGGUCCGGUUGACCUACGGGGUUGGCGGUCCUGCUCCUGACUGGCUUCCUCUGGUUCAGCGCUACGGCUCCGCUCUGUGGGGCAUGUCUGCUGAGCAGUUAGUUGAUCUGAUUAGUGCUCCUCAUGCUAUGUAUGCUGUUGUUGACUCUAGUGUUUCUGACUCUGUUUACUCUGGUGUUGUUAGCUUAGGUGCUAGUCUUGCUCAGUUGCCUGUUGCUAGUGUAGUCACUGCACGUCACACUACCACUUUACCGUGUCCUGCUGCUCCCUCCGGGUCUCUCACUGGGUUUCACGUCCCCUCGUUCUCCCGGAACUUGGUGGGCGUGCGACCCCUCGUGAGUCAGCACGUGGGUGUGUGGUUUGAGCCUUCUGGAGAGACUGCGGUGUGUGUUGACGGAGACUCUUACCAGCCUCUUGCUACCUUUACUGCUGAGCCGGGCUCGGGUCUCUACACUCUUCACACUGGCCCGCGUGCGCCGCAGCAGCAGCCGUAG